AUGGCAAAAACUUAUGUGAAACCCAAGGAGAUGACAGAGUUGGUGAACACACCAUCUUGGAUGGACAAAGGUCCGGCUUCUCAGAAUGAGAUAAAGGAGGAGGAGAGAAGACCAGCUGCUUAUGGGAUGCUUGGCAGCUUAGCUGAAGAGCAUGACAGUAUUGAGGAGGAAGAAGAGGAGGAAGAAGAUGGGGAAAAGCCUAAGAGAAGAGGUCCCAAGAAAAAGAAGAUGACGAAAGCUCGCCUUGAGAGAUUCAGGGCUCGAAGAGUCAAGGCUAAUGCUAGGGAACGGACCCGGAUGCACGGCCUGAACGAUGCCCUGGACAACCUGAGGAGGGUCAUGCCGUGCUACUCUAAGACCCAAAAGCUCUCCAAGAUAGAGACUCUUAGACUGGCCAGGAACUAUAUUUGGGCGUUGUCUGAGGUCCUAGAAACUGGGCAGACACCUGAAGGGAAGGGCUUUGUGGAGAUGCUCUGUAAAGGGCUCUCUCAGCCCACAAGCAACCUGGUGGCUGGAUGCCUCCAGUUGGGUUCUCAGUCUGUCCUCCUGGAGAAGUGUGAGGAGAAAUCUCCUAUUUGUGACUCUGCCAUCUCUGUCCACAACUUCAACUAUCAGUCUCCUGGGCUCCCCAGCCCUCCUUAUGGCCAUAUGGAAACACAUCUUAUUAAUCUCAAACCCCCAGUAUUCAAGAGUUUGGGAGAAUCAUCCUUUGGGAGCCACCCACCUGACUGCAGUACACCACCUUAUGAGGGCGCACUUACUCCACCCCUGAGCAUCAGUGGGAACUUCUCCUUGAAGCAAGAUGGCUCCCCUGACCUGGAUAAAUCCUACAGUUUCAUGCCACAUUACCCCUCUGCUAGUCUAAGCUCAGGGCAUGUACAUUCAACUCCCUUUCAGGCUGGUACCCCCCGCUAUGAUGUUCCCAUAGAUAUGUCCUAUGAUUCCUACCCCCAUCAUGGCAUUGGGGCCCAACUCAAUACAAUCUUCACUGAUUAG